ACUGUUAACCCACCAAAAGGCAGAAGAAUAAGCUACAAAAGUCCACAACUCACCAUUCCACUUUCUGGACACUCUGCCCCUCCUCCUUCACGGGUGCACUCGCCGGAGAACCCUCCACCUCCGGCAGCUCCUUCCGGCGACAAUGUACUAACACAUGCAAUAAAUGUGCUUCAGUUGGAUUUGACUUCUCCUUCUUGAGAUCAAGACUGCAAAUUUAGGCAUAUGCAGGUAUGCUUGAAAUCUGUUUGCUUGUCGCUGUUCUCUCGCCGGUUGUUUUCGCGCAAAUUCCGUUGGGUUCAAGGCUAUCAGUGGAGGCUAACAAUCAUUGGAUUUCUGCUAAUGGAGAUUUCACAAUUGGGUUCUUUAAUAGCUUGAAUGAGUAUGGUCUGGGGAUCCGUAUAAGCUCGGGUUUGAUACCACUUCAGAAACAACCCGUUGUUUGGAUUGCUGGUGGUGACUUAAGAGUGGGAAACAAGUCGUAUUUCGAGCUCACAAACGAUGGAGAUUUGGUUCUUUUCGACUCCACAAGGGGAGUUAUUGUUUGGGCAAGCGAAACCACCAAUUCAUUUGUUGAUUCAGCAGUGUUGCAAGAUGACGGUAAUUUUGUUCUUUUGAAAAAGAAUAAAAACAUUGUUUGGCAAAGCUUUGAUACUCCAUAUGACACACUUCUCCCGGGCCAGAAUUUGUCAGCAAAUCGAGUGUUGCGAGCUGCUAGCUUAAAGUCGGUUUCGAGUUUUUACACUCUUCGAAUCGGUGUGGCGGGUGAUUUGGAGCUCAAAUGGGAAAACGAUGUUGUUUAUUGGAGAAGUGCAUCAUUGCAUUCGAGAUCGGCUCUGCGAGCCGUGCUUGCUUCUGAUGGAGCACUACAACUGUUUGAUCACAUGUCAAGCCCAAUAUGGUCAGCAUUUGGUCAAGAUCAUGGUGAGCCAGACGUCAAGUUCCGGAUCCUUCGGUUAGACGUGGAUGGAAAUCUUCGUCUACACUCCUGGUCGAAAAACUCGAGUUCGUGGAAAUUAGUUUGGCAAGCUGUCGAGAAUCAAUGCGAUGUUUUCGCAACUUGUGGGCUCACCGGAAUCUGUGCGUUUAACGAAUCGGGCUUUCCCGUCUGUAAAUGCCCGUUUACUUUAUCGUCACUUCAGGGUUCGAAAUGCUUGCUUCCGUAUCAGCAAAGCUGUGAAUCGGGUUCCUCUAUGGUUAAACUCGACCACACCUCGUUGCAUGCUAUUUUCCCACCUAAUGAAACCGUUAUCUCUCGAGUUAGCUCUACGCAGUGUCGAAUCUUGUGUGAACAAGACCAUCUUUGCACUGCUGCAACCUUUACGAAUGAUGGAACCGCAAUUUGCAAAAUCAAGAAAACCCAAUACGUUAGCGGUCAGUCGGGUCCGUCCGUAACUUCUAUUUCAUUUGUCAAAAGAUGCAAUGAUCCUUUAGCGGUUCUACCCAAUCUGACCAAACGUAAACCAGAAUCUCCCUCACAAAACACUCCUCCAACAGUAGAUCAUCUCUCAGUUUGUGUUUCUUGUGUGAUUGGAGUCAGUGGUGGAACGAUUAUCCUGUUUAUCAUGAUCCACUUAGCGCUAACGGGCUUUUGGAUUUAUCGGAAAAGGUAUAGUUUCACCGCUCGGGAUUUUUCAACCUACAGUAAAGACUGUCCGAAUCCUAGCGGUUUGCUUGCUUUGUCAUAUAGCCAAGUGAAGGACGUUACAGAUAAUUUUAAGCACCGGGUCGGGCCAAAUACAUUCAAGGGCUUUCUCCCGGAAAAACAGCCCGUUUUGGUGAAAGAUUAUAGCAUCACGAAUGUGGCCCCGCGGAAGUUUAGAUCCGUGGUUUUAAAACUCGGAAGUGUUCAUCAUAGAAACCUUGUGAGACUACAAGGUUAUUGUUGUGAAUCGAGUUAUAGAUUCUUGGUGUGCGAGUACCUCAAGAAUGGCUCGCUCGACAAGUGUUUGGAGGAUCCGGUGAUACGCAAGAGGCUGACCUGGCGGAAAAGGUUGAAUGUUUGUUUAGCCGUCGCAAGGGCAGUUUCGUACUUACACAUGGGGUGUCGGGAGUUUGUUGGUCAUGGAAGUUUAAGUUGCGAAAACGUUGUUUUGGAUGAUAGCUUAGAAGCUAAAGUGGAUGAAUUCGGUUUAAGUAAUUUUCUUGGUGACGGUUCAGAUGGUGGUGGUGGCGGUGGCGGUGCAAGAGACAUACUAGACUUCGGAUACGUUGUGCUGGCGGUGGUAAGUGGUGACCCGAAGGUCAACCGUGGAGGUUGUGAUCGGGCCUAUGAGAAAUGGGCGGGUGGCAAUGCGGGAGAGAUUGUUGAUAAAACGAUAGAUAGUGGUGUUAAUGGCGAUGAAUUGGAGCGUGUUUUGAGAAUAAUGUUUUGGUGUUUACAAUCAGAUGAGAGAAUGAGGCCUACAAUGGGAGAGAUUGUUAACGUGUUAGAGGGUGCGAUGACGGUGGAUCCACCGCCACCCCCUUCAGUUUGCCGGAAAAAAGUUUCCGGUUGAAUCAGACUCCGAUGAUUAGGAGUCUAAUGAAAUAUAUGUUUCUUGUUCUUGUUUACAUGGAAGGCUAACUUAGAGGGGUACAAGGUUUUAGAAUGGCCAAAGGAUUUUGUUAUCCAAAUGGGAAAGAUAAACUUGUUUAUAAAAAUAAACUUGUUUAUAAAAAUAUAAAAGAUAAGUAAUGAAAUUAAAAU